ACGGAGCCCCGCGGGCGGCAGAUAAUACUUUCCAGACUGGAUUUACAAUUGACUGUGUUUCCCAUUGGGCUGCAUGACUGCAACUUCUUGCUCUCUAGUUGCAGGCUGGGAAUGGAGUGCAUAGGUUGGAUGCCAGCAGUGGGACAUCCUACCAAAACAAAGAACCCUUGGCACUGUUGUCUGAUCAAUGACUUCAAAGUGCAGGAGCUGUUAAAUUGGAAACAAGUGCUGCAAAAUGUCAAGUGAGGUGCUUGAAAGCAGCAGUGGGAUGGAGGAGACCAUGCAGAAAGAGAGCAAGUCUGGAAGCCAAAGUCCUCGCUGCGGCUCCAUGAGAAGGGCUGUGGCAAGCACUGUCACUUUUGAUGGGGAAGCCACUAUGGACCGGAGGAAAAAGAAGAAGAAAGAGUCCCGUCCUGAGUCAAUAAUAGUGUAUCGGUCAGAGAAUGAGAACAAGGUGGAAGAAGAACAGGCAGAUGAAGAAGGAGGGGAGAAGGGCUCUGAGGAAGGCUCCAAGUUCCUGGGUCAGUCCACGGCAGAUGGUGUCUGGAACAUGCCUUUAGACAGCCGAUAUGUGACCUUGACUGGAACAAUCACCAGAGGAAAGAAGAAGGGUCAGAUGGUGGACAUCCAUGUCACACUAACGGACAAAGAGCUGCAGGAACUCGCUAAGUCAAAGGAGCCUCCUAAAGAGGAUGUACCUGAGAAGAAGAAGAAAUGUGAUGUUGGGCUAGACAGAGGACCCCACAUCAUCCUCUGGACCAUCAUUUGUCUCCCCAUCAUUUUUGUAGUGUCCUUUGUGGUUUCAUUCUACUAUGGAACCAUUACAUGGUAUAACAUCUUCUUGGUGUACAAUGAAGAGAGGACCUUCUGGCACAAAAUCACCUUUUGUCCCUUUCUGAUCAUCUUCUACCCAAUUAUAAUUAUGGUUGUGUCUUUUUCCCUAGGCCUGUACUCGGCUGUGGCCCAGGUAGCGUGGUCCUUUGGGUACUGGUGGCAUGCUGUCAAGGAUAUGGAGAAGGGCUUCUGUGGCUGGCUCUGCAGCAAGCUGGGUUUGGAAGAUUGUUCUCCAUACAGCAUUGUCGAGCUGCUAGAUUCUGAUAAUAUCUCAGGUAGUCUCUCUGGCAAGAGCUCUGCACAGGGGGUUGAGACCUCAGCAGUCUGAGCCUUUGUCCUGGCUGACUAUUUUAGUCAUAUGUAAGUGGUUUUCAUCUAAAAAACAACACACUGAAUUUCUAUAUAUAUAUAUUUAAACACAAACUUAAUGAAAAAAAUAGUGGGCUGGGAGUGCUCUUUAAAUGUCACAGAAUACAAGUGUGCUAGUUUCACAUGGUCUGGGUGGGGAGGUGCAUGACUCUCCAAGGAUUUGCCAUCUGUUUUAGCUAAUUACAACUUCUAGGAAUGGUGAGGAAAUCCAGGUCUGUGGUGCUCACGCUGUUUGUAGCACAGCAGAGAGACAUGCUGAAAAACUCACUUCUGUAAAGUUAGACUUUCUUUUUCAGGAGUAGGACAUAACAGUGACCCAUUGACCCCGUGAAAAAAAGUCCAUACUCAGGAGAUGAACUUCAGGAGAUAAGAACCCAUUCAGAGGUGAAGGCUAAAUUGCAGAUCAUGUGAUGUUCCUACAGUUUUCCUAAAAAUAGUCCUUUUCCAGUCCUUCCAACAAGUGCAGCAAACAUUCCAGGUAGCUAACUGUUUAGAUGCUGUCAGAGCACAAAAAGACCUGGUCUUUCUCUGAGAGAGGAUAGCACAGCUUCCAAGAAAGGCACGUGAACUCUACACUGAAAUGCACCCAUCACAUGAUGGAAAGACUUGCUUUGUAAUGUGGUGCAUGGGGACUUGACGGGCCUGUCACCAAGCACCCCCAGGUGCACAAAUAGGUGCUUAGGACACACCUACAUUUGAUUCUUGAUAGGUGCACUGCUAGGGAAGAAUAGGCUAUGAGAGUUGUAUGCAGGGUGCAGUGUCAACGGUUGCAUUUAUAGGGAAGAAACACCUGCUCUGAGGAAGCAUAAUCAGUUUCCAUGUUACUGCAAUGCAGGUGGCAGCACCUGUAUUUAGGUAGGUGGGGUUAGAAUCAUAAAAUCAGCUAGAUUGGAAAAGACCUUUAAGAUUAUCAAGUCAAACCAUUACCCCAGAACUGCCAAGACCACCACUAAACCAUAUCAAAUGUUGAAGAUGCUUGGGAUGGGAAGGUCUCACUGAAACAGUUGUUCUCUUUUUGAAGUUGCUCUUAUGAAAGAGCUGAUGGACCUUCCCUUUCAGAACAGGGACAUCUGUGAGCCCAUGUCUGUUAGUGCCAGUGCAAACGCAUUAGUGCCUCAGCUCUGGAAAUCUGCAUCCCCCACACACUUCCUGGGUAAUUAUGUGGAAGAGCAGUGGAUUAUACAUCCUCCGCCCCUCUUGUCUCAUUUUUAUAAUUGGUUUCCCUCCUUUGGGACUUUGCAUGGUGUCUGAGUGGGCUCCCAGACCACACUGAGGUGGCCACCAUAGACUGGAGAAAUUUUAAUUGUCUCUUUAAAAAGAUGACUAGCAGAAAAGUUCAUUUUCUGUUUGGGCCUUAGGAGGACUAGAAGAAAAUGAGAGAGGUGUAAUAGAUUCUAAUGGAUACUGAAUUACACAUCUGAAACAUGAUUAAUUUUCUGAGUGCUCCAGUUCAGCUGGUGCUGCUAAAAGGUCUGGUUCGGCCCCAACCCAGAGGAGCCCAACAUUUGCAUGUGUGUAGGUAGAUCGUUCGUAGUGUGCAGUCAGGCUGCACAGUCAUUCAUAUCUGUCCAGGUGUUUCACUUCCCCAGUCUCCCUACCAGAGGUGGAGCUGCUUUAGUUUUAGAAUGGUAGAGAAACAUUCAGAAGCUGGGUUUCACAGAAACUAAUGUUUUGUGUUGUAUUCCAAGGAUGAGCUCAAGACUACACUCACUGACUGUCCUGGUUAGGACAUUUGGGAACUGGUGAUGUAUAAACAAGUCUGCUGAUCAUCUAGGCCUGACACAUAAAUAAGUGAAGUCCCUGCUGCAUCUUUGGUCUGUCCCCUUCCGGGAGAUCCAGCGAAAGCAGGCUCUUAGCGCUGUCUCAAGAAUUAGCAGUUUGAAUAGUUACAGCCAAUAGUGAAUAGCUAAAUAUCAAAAGCAGGUUUGGCCCCACACUUUACUGGCAAAGCAGAUGUGCUCCCUGGGGACGGGAACAGCCAGGCUGUGUUUGCUGCCUGCUGAUACACAGCUUCCAGUUUUUACUGGCUAAAUCUUUAAAGGCAAUGACCAACUUUCAGAAAACCAAAUCAAAACAAAACAUAAAACCCCAAUAUAAAAUAGACCCCAACUUAGUGGCAGGUAAUUCAGUGGGGUUCAAAGAAGCUGACUUAUGCCUGGGACCAGUUCAAGCAGUGAAAUCCUUUUCACAUGGCUGUUUCAAUCAGGCUUGAUAUGCCUCUGAAUUAAUAGAGAAGCUGAGGAUCAGUCAUGCCUGUGCUAGCAGUUUGUAGUGACCCAGCACAGCCACUCUACUUCUUCCACAUGAAAAUCACAGGCUCUCACAUGGCCAGAGGGUGGGAAGAAGUGAUGCUUAACAAGCAUUAAUGGGAAGGCAGGCCUGUUGGCAAGUGUUCUCAGGCUUUGCCUAGAGGUACACUGCAGGCAUGAAAGGACUGCAUUGUGUAUCUUGACCCCAACAUGCAGCAAACAAGUGGGUUUGGGGAAAGGAUGACUGGCAAAUGUGCAUUGCUGCAGAGGGAGAAAACCCAAUUCAGCUGUCACUGCCAAAGAGCAGCUGUUCAAGGCUAGACGAAAGGCUGGGGUCAGAGCACAAAGAGUCUUCAUCUUACAGAGGGCUUGAAUGAUAAAUACUAGCUCAUUACAGAAUACAGCCAUGUGAAAUGUUGGCUGAGCUGCAGGAUUUGCUUUUAGGAUUGCAAACAGCCUGCCAGAGUGGAGACAAAACCAAAUCUGUGCCUCUUACUGCUACGUAGACACAAAAGACUGUCAGAGAAGUCGUAGUACCCUCCCUCUGCCGUGGCAGCUACACUUCUGGGGUUGGAGGCCACCUUUUUGGGGAUAUACUGGAACAAUCCAUUGUGUGUCUUCUACUUCUUUACACUUAACCAAGCUUGCCUCUGCUCCUGAUGAUGUCAAGGUAUUCUGACAUUGAUUUUGGUUGGGGCUAGUUUAAGCUUGGGGUUGGUUCUGGUGCUAUUUGUAAAAGUUUUAUUCCAGCUCUUCUCAAAACAACUCUGGAUAGUUUUGUUUUCUCUCUUGCCCGUUAUCCCCUGAAGUGGUUUGUCUGCUGCAAGAUAUAUAAUCAUUAUCAGUUGUUGUAAUAGAAAAAAGCACAAGUUUUUGUCUUGUUCUGCCCUUGCUUUCAGAAACUCGCAAGUAAUUUUUGCUUAUGUGCCACUGUCAAACUGCAGGGAAUUCCAGUUAUUCUGAUGUUGAGUAUGUUCCUGGCUGUGCUCUAGUCUGGAUGGUUUUGGGUUGUUUUUUUUUAAUUAAAGGUAGUGUGUGUUUGCUGAUUGUUAUUUUUAAUUGCAUUCUCUUUUCCCAUCCUUGCUGGCCUGGGUGGAGAAUAAAGAUGUACAUGGCUUUAGAAGAA